CUGCCCUCGGGCCACUGCAGAACAAGCUGUCAACGGUACCUAUUUGGGCGUCUGCAUUACCCCAAGAAUGACAAGAAUGAUUCCAAAGAUCUCUUCGGCCCUGCGACGAGCUCAGACGUCACUCGGUGACCCCACGGACGAUAAGGUGAGGCGAGAUACGACAUGGAGCGUACCAUCGUGCAAGCUGGGUGGUAUCAGCCAUGGGAGCUUCCGCUGGUGGAGGCUCUCCACCGCCUCGGAUGCCCAGGUAACGGCCAAAGAGUGAUCGGGAAGAUAUGCUGGCAACCACCAUGUCUUUUUUGAUCACAGACGGCAACAGGUCACCUUCACUCUCCCAUCGUGUAUCCCCUCGGGCAAGUGGAGCCCCCAGCCGACCAGCUGCAAGAUCAAGUAGGACAGUUCCCACCGCCGUUGAAGAGACGUGCAUGGACCUCGGGAACAGAGGAGCGAGCAGGAGAGCCGCGACGGCGUCGAUGGUUGCUUACUCCGGAAUGGCAUGUUGCUUGACAUCGAUACGGAAAGAGGCGGCUGACCCAUGAUAGUCUCAGCAUUGGCUGGUUCAGGACUGGUCUGCCGUUUACUUUCCAUGUUUGGCUCCUGCGAAUUACUCAUCGGGCAAGAAGGAGGCAGGGAUGUGGGCAGGCAGGCCAAGUGGCAAGGCAUCUAUCUGUCUCUCUGUCUUUCUGUCUGUGUGUGUGUGUGUGUUCGGGUGUCUGCCAACGAAUUCUUUCAUCAGGGCAGGUAGGUGGUGUGGUGUGCCUUCCUCACUCCCCGGUUGGGAUCGUGUCCGGCGCAUCGUAUCGAAUUGCACCGAGCGCCUUCACCCGCUCCUUCCGUGGCCAUAUCGAUGAUGUGAGCUGACCUUGGGCGCCCACCUGCCCUGCUACUGCCCUGCCACUGCCCUUCUUGCCCUUCUUGCCCUUCUUGCCACGACCACCAACCUCAAGCACGCCGCGCUUGUGCCUGGUCCCUGCAGGCUCGGGAGCACCGCGGUUGUCGUCCCUCGCUCUCUUGCCCGUCUGUUGAUAUAACCCGAUCCAUCCCACAUUUCCCCCCAGUUCUUCACCCACCCAUCCCAACUCUUGCACCACUUUGCACGAUCGUUAUUGCACAUCAGCACUUCGUUGGUACUCGCCGACCCUCACCUUCGUUACCGAUUCCAAGGCCAAGCAAGGCCAGACCACUGAUCACAGCCGUCAAGAAACACAACUCUCGCUGAUCUCACCAGACAACCUUGGGAGGACCAAAAUGAGACUCGUCCAGAUCACCUCCUUUGCUGGGCUUCUCGCCUCUGCCCAGGCUGGCAAGCAUUGGGGCACUGGCACUGGCACUGGAGCAGGCCCUACGGGCGGCACUCCUCCUACCAGCACUGAGUGGACGACCGUCGUCGUGCCGACUUACACAACCUACUGCCCGUCUCCCACUACCUGGGCUUGGAACAAUGUGACCUACACUGUCACUUCUGCGACCACCAUCACCCUGCCUUGCCCGUGUACUCUGUCGGUCACCACUCCCGCGCCCAUCACCACCACCUCUACCUACACGACUGAGGUGCCUUGUGAGACCACAUCCACUCCGUCAGGCGGCGUUCCUUACCCCAGCGUUAACUCCACCGUCGUAAUUCCUCCGCCUGUCACCAUUCCAACCGGCCCUGGUUCCCCCGGUGUCACAACCACCCCCCUGCCGGGAGUCUCCUCUAGCACAGUGACCUCGACGACCGUGAUUGUUAGCACCCCUCCGCCGUCGACAUUCCUGUCCGGAACCACCCCUAUCGGCGGCCCGGCUCCCACUCCUACCACUUUUGUCACGACUCCGCCAACGAACACGCCCGUGGCCCCCACUUCGUCUCCUGCUGGCGUCGUCACUGCUGGUGCUCCGAAGAUGGGAUCUCAGGCUGGUGCUCUCGGCCUGAUUGCCGGUAUUGCGGCCUUCGUUCUCUAAUGUGUGAUCGGUUGAAGGGGGGUUGUUGAGCAGGAAUGUUUGAAAUGAUUCUUGGGCGAUUUUGGACGUCUCAUGAUUGAGCAAGCUAAUGAUGGAGAUGGAUGCAAACUGUUUGUCACUACUUAUACCCUUCUAGACUUUCCUUCACUGGACCAAGUGCAUCGGCUGUCAUUUACCAUAACAAUGUCGGGAGUAAUGCAUUGGCGAAAAUGGUGGAACCCGUGGAUUUGCUCUGCUAGCUACGAGGUGCAGCCUCAACACAACAAUAGACCUUAAUGUUUCACAUC